AUGAUCAGUCGCAUGAUCUCGAGUACCGGGUACCCCUGGGCCAUGCGAACUGCGGCCUUUCUUAUUCUCGGCCUGCAAAUCGUUGCGAUUCUCACAGUCCGCCCGAGAACAAAGCCCGUGCCUAAGAAGAUGCCCGUCGGCCGCCUCACUGCACCCUUUAAAGAGUUCCCAUUCGUCAUGUUGUUGUUAGGCAUCUGCAUCCUGACCUAUGGAAUUUUCAUCCCCAUCGACUAUCUGGCUGUGCAGGGUCUUGACCAGGCGUACAUGUCGCAGGAGAUGUCUCAAUACUUGGUGUCCAUCUUCAACGCUGCUAGUCUCUUCGGCCGUCUGGUCUCUGGCUAUGGUGCCGAUAAAAUUGGAAGGUGGAAUAUGUUCAUCAUGGCCUGUACUCUUUCCGGAAUCACCGAGUUCGCUGUCUGGAUCCGCGCCGAGAAACCGUCUAUCGCCAUCGGUUUUGCCGUCAUGUUUGGCUUUGCAUCAGGAGCCUUUAUAGGUCUUUUUGGCGCCCUUCCAAUUUCUGUGUCUCCCCUGCCCGAAAUCGGUUACCGACUGGGAGUUGUUUUCCUCGCCAGCUCCAUCCCUGCCCUCACCAUGGCGCCCAUCGGUGGAGCUAUCCUGCAAAAUUCCGCUAAUGGCUGGCUGGACGUGAAGGUCUUUGGCGGCGUCAUGUGCCUCGCAGGGUCGGCGAUUGUUCUGAUAUCGAGAUGGCUCUAUACCGAUAAGAAACUUUUCAAGGUGUUUUGA